AUGUCCACGCCAUCGUCGGUGGACUCUCGACCCCAACAUCCUGCAUGCGACCUGUGCCAUGCGCGAAAGGUACGUUGUGAUCGACAGGAUCCCUGUGGGAACUGCCAGGACGCCAAUACGGCAUGCCGUCGUCAGCGACCUCCUCGCCGGCAUCGCAAGGAAUUAGUCCGACGCAGUCCUAAUCCGCAGACCCGUUCGUCUCGGGAGUCGCGACCCAUCCAGCCGGCUCUGCAGCAACCCGAGGAGCCGUCGUUGGACUCCGGGGCAUCCCAUGCGUCUCGCAUGGAUAAGGGGCGGCAUCCGUCGCACGCGCCUUCGGAGCCGCAGGGCUGGAUCUCGCUUGUGCCCUUGACCGAUGCCCAGAUCUCCGGCACCUUGUAUCAGUUUGAUUGCGUGCCUGGUCUAACCCUCGAUCGGCGCCAGGCUCUCGAAUCGGCUCUGCGCGUGGCCAGCAACGUCUCGGAAAGCGUCGACAGCGCAGGCGAGGGGAGUAGUAUACCUCCAUCUGGAGCAGACGGGUCGUCUAAGAUCCCCGGUGCGGAAUUCCUGUCCUGGAUGCUACGAGACAUCGAAUGCGAUCGAUUCGGCGCAUUCGUGCAAGAUUAUUUCCGCCACGUCUCCCUUCCUUCACUCAAGAAGAUGGGCCUGGCUCUCUUGCGUCGAGAGGUGUCGGCCCCGACUUCGACCAUCUACACCGUCUGUGUUAAUGCCGUGGCAUACAAAUUCUUGACUACCGUCCUGACCAUCGACGGUGCAGAAGGUCUGACCGAGGAACUUCGCGCCAGUGCGCAGGAAUAUCGAGCCAGCGCGCAGGCCGCGUUGAAGCAAAUUCCCCUGGUGGCUCCGCCAUCUCUAGCCCUCUUGCAGGCCAUGUUAUGUGGCAUUUUCCUUCAUCAGGGCUCUGGCGACACGACGUUAUGCUGGGGCCUGACGAAGGCAGCUUGCCGGGCGUGUCUGGACCUGGGCCUGGAUGCCGCCGUCCUGCAGGGCACCAGUGUCAGCUCGGAGGCCUACUACUGUUUUCUGUGGUGUUAUAUGCUCGAUAAAAACUACGCCUCCAAGACCGGUCGCUGUCGAUCCUCGCUGAACGUGUCGCUGGGGACGGACCUGCAGAGCUCGCCCUUUCCCGGCGUGCCCAUGGCCGGCCUCCUCGAAGUCUACGUCGACCUGGCACGCAUCCAAGCCGUGCUGCUCCCGUACUUGGAGGGUUCAUCGGCCAACUGUCGGGAGACUGCCGUCUUUGACGAUGUGGGCGACGAAUUGUUAUCGAAAAUGAACCAGAUCCAUUCGAAGAUUGACCAUAUCGCAUCUCCGUCGCCUCUCUGGAAAGGCCUGGACAUGCAGAGCGAAAUUGCAGCACUAGAGUUCUCCUUCCACUCGGUCAUGACAGCCAUCUUUCAUCUAAGACAGGUCACUUCUAGCCAGACCGCCGCAUCUACCGAGCUAUAUCUGCAGUCGGCGCGUCAGCCCUUGUCAGCACUCGUGUCCAUGUGUCUGUCCUGCGACAAGCAAAGCACGGUGGCCUUCCUCCAUUGGACCUUACUGUUCUACCCUCUCACGGCGUAUUUUGCGCUAUUCUGUAAUGUCGUCACGACGGCCAACGUGGCAGACUUUCAACUCCUUAGCACCAUUGCCGACUGCUUGGUGCACAGCGGCGCGAUCAGUCCGCCGAUUGCGCAGCUCCAGAGUCUCUUUCGCAAGCUGGUCUCGCUGGCCCAGUGCUUCCUCCCGGGACAUCGCCGUUCGAUCGCCGACGAGGCUGCCACGAUGCCAGCCCACGUGCCUUCGGAGGAUGCUCGCGCCUGGCCCUCCUGGCCAUACUGGGGUGAGGCCGGUGCAGGGUUUCCCGCCGCUAUGGUGGCACCGGGGAAGGAUGACAACGCGUCUUUUCUGGACUUUCCUGCCUGGGAUCCGUUUCUUGUGGUCAACGAGAACCAUACAUUCAUCGAAAAUGGUCUAGGGAGCUGA